GGAAGUGCGCUGUUUAGCUGAACGCGGGUCUGUUUCCGUGUGGAAGUGUGAUUGCGAGAGAUUAAUGACACAGAAGACAGAGCGACAUGAAAACACGUCCUGCUGCUGGAAGGGUCUAAAUGUCAUUUUGCGCUACAGAAAUCUGACUGACAUUGAGCAGAAAUCCCUGUAUUUACACAGUGCUGUGGUGCCAUGCAGCUGUGGCUUCAGGAUCUGUUUGUGUGGACGACUUUUCAUCUGUUUGCUCACAUUUCACAUCAUUUACCUCCUUGUAUUGCUGGGCUUUCUGUUACGUUUUUAGGGAAAGAUCCUCUUGCUUAGUUGGAAGAUGUCCAAUGCGGAGCCAAGGAUGCGCAGGUGGAAAUGGCCUUUUCUGGUUACCUCUCUGUACCUGGGCUGUCUUUGUUUUCUCUGCUCAGUCUCUGGGGUUUCGGGCAGCGUGUGCAGAGUAACGGGUGGUGUACUGGGUAUCCACUGGAACAGCGUGAUUGGUCUGGGCUGGCAGCCACUGGCAAUGGACAGGGGAGGGCCUCGGUGCUGGGAAUCCUGCUGUUUGAGGCCCUCCUGUGGUGCUGUGUGGAGUCUGGGUGGAAGAUGUGUAUUACUGGCCUGCACUCAAAAAAAGGGCUGCACCAUUACAUCACUUCCUCAGCCGGAUAGAAAAUCACUGGGACUUCUGCAGCAGCUGAACAAGAGCAUGCGCAGGAAACCUCGAAAUGCUGAGGAUAUCAGAAUAAUCAGGGAAAUAGAUCAGGGCCCGUCUGUGAAACCCACAGCACCCGCUCUUCCAUAUACAGCCAGUGAGACCACCGUCCAGUCCACCGGUGGCAGUGGAGAACAAGUAGCUCUCUCAGCAUCUGAGCAUAAUUCAACACUGGAUGCAGACACUGUGGAUCAUUCAACACUGAACAACAGUAAUCAGUCACCGCAGUCCACAUCUGACACCCGUUCAGCGGCUCCACCAACUACAUCAGCUGUGCGAGAGCUGUUCGUGUCUGCUGGUAAAAAUGUGGAGGUCACUUUACCGCGCAAUGAGGUGGAGCUGAAUGCUUUCGUAGUGCCAGCGCCCCCUUCAGGGGCUAACUAUGACUUUAAUUGGCAUUUGAGGACGCAUCCAAAAGAUUACAGUGGAGAAAUGGAGGAUAAACACAGCAAGACACUUAAGCUCAGUAAGCUGACAGUGGGCCUCUAUGAGUUUGAAGUGGUAGUGGACGGUGACGGUGCUCAUGGGGAGGGAUACGUCAACGUUACUGUCAAUCCAGAGCCACGAGUUAAUAAGCCACCUGUUGCAGUGGUUUCUCCAAAGUACCAGGAAAUCUCUCUGCCUACAAGCUCCACUGUGAUUGAUGGCAGUCAGAGUACUGAUGAUGAUAAAGUAGUGUCGUGGCAUUGGGAGGAGGUGAAGGGGCCGCUCAGAGAGGAAAAAGCCUCGGGUGAUACUGCUAUUCUCACUCUCUCCAACCUGGUUCCUGGUAACUACACCUUCAGUCUUACAGUGACUGACUCGAAUGGAGCUCAGAAUUCAACCCAAGCCAUGUUGUUAGUCAACAAGGCCACAGACUACAGGCCUACAGCAAAUGCAGGACCCAACCAAGUGAUCACCCUACCACACAACUAUAUCACACUGUAUGGCAACCAAAGUACUGAUGACCACGAGAAUCUGUCCUACGAAUGGUCACUCAGUCCUGAAAGCAAGGGCAAGGUGGUGGAGAUGCAGGGUGUGAGAACACCCAUUCUGCAGCUGUCUGCUAUGCAGGAGGGUGACUACACCUUUCAGCUAACCGUCACUGACUCAUCUGGCCAGCAAGACACGGCUCAGGUCACUGUCAUUGUCCAGCCAGAAAAUAACAAGCCACCUGUAGCGGAUGCUGGUCCAGACAAAGAGCUGACGCUGCCGGUCGAUCGUACCACGCUGGACGGCAGCAAGAGCAGUGAUGACCAAAAAAUUGCCACGUACCACUGGACAAAGACCAAGGGCCCAGAAGGGGUGAAAAUUGAUAAUGCAGACACUGCAGUUGCUGUGGUGAUGGGUCUGCAGGAGGGCGAGUACAUUUUCACAUUGACAGUGACUGAUGAAAGAAUGCUGGAGAAUUCUGACACAGUCUCUGUCAUUGUCAGAGAAGAGGAUGAUCAGCCACCAGUUGCCAAAGUGGUGUCCAGUCCUCCGAUCACUCUUCCCAUCCGUACAGCAUUUCUGGAUGGUUCGCGAUCAUCGGAUGAUAAGGGCAGCAUCAGCUACCACUGGACCCGGGAAGACAGCAGCCCAGCUGCAGGGGAUGUUCUGAAUAACUCUGACCAUCAAGCAGUGCUUUUUCUUGGUAAUCUGGUGGAAGGGAAGUACACUUUCACUCUGACUGUAACUGACAGUAAGGGAAAGACCAGUACCGAUAGAGGCACUGUAGAGGUUCGACCAGAUGUUUACGAACGGGACUUGGUGGAGCUGAUCCUGGAAGUUGCUGUGGUUCAGGUGUCCCGCAGACAGAAGGAUAUGCUCAUCAGACAGGUUGGCGUCCUUCUGGGUGUCCUGGACAGUGACAUCACAGUGCGAGAGAUUAGCGCCUUCAAUGAGCACAGCACUCGCUUGGUAUUUCUGGUGUCUGGAGGUCCUGGACGACCUCCAUUGGCCGGCCAUAGUGUUGCUAUGGAACUACGCAACAAAUUUCGCAAGCAAAAAAAUGAAUUCCUUAUCUUUAAGGCCCGGCGAGUGGACACCGUUAUCUGCCAGCUGAACUGCUCCAGUCACGGGGAAUGUGAUUCCUUCACCAGACGCUGUGUGUGCCACCCGUUCUGGAUGGAGAAUUUAUUCAAUACUUAUUUUUGGGAUGAUGAGAGCAAUUGUGAAUGGAGUGUAUUAUAUGUGACGAUAGCCUCGUUCAUGAUCCUGGUUGCUAUCGCCACUGUAAUAUGGGGUAUCGUGUGCUGCUGUCGGAGACGGAAAAGCAAAGUAAGACGCAAGAGCCGCUAUAAAAUGCUGGAGGGGGAUGAUCAGGAUUCUCUGGAAUUACAGUUAACAAAACCAAGUCGCUUGAAGGCAGUUCCUGCUGCCACAUCUUCUGCACUCAUGCACUCUGAUUCUGAUCUGGAAAGUGAUGAUGGUCAGGCAGGAAUCCCCUGGUCUGAUCGAGAGCGUGGAAAACUCCUUCCACCCCAAAACGGAUCUCUGCGUAAUGGCCAUGGUCCUCAUAAACCUAAAAAACUAAGGGAGGAGUUGCUUUAGCACACAAACCAAACUUCUUGUAUCGCACCAACGCACUGUUCACCCCUCAUCCACGACACCCCUCAUCACUUUAAUUCAGGAGGGACUUGCGGGACGUCACAAAUGAUAACCUCUGCACCUGCUUCCCUGGGCUGAAUCACAGUUCAGUCCGAGCCAAAAUAAAAAUGCAUUUAAACCUGAAUGGUGGAAAAAGACAAAGCUGUAGAGCCAUGCACCUCAAAAAGACAAAAAGAAUGUACCUGCUUUACUGUAGAGAAAGACAAGGGAUAUAUGUUCCUGCUGAACCUGGAAAGGGUUGGGCAUUUCAAAGUAGCUCUCUGAAAAACUUUUCCCCACCAGAAUGUCACAUCACACUGCGGAUAACUGAGCCUGCCUCACUGUCCCCUUUCUACAAAGCUUCCUGAUAUGACAGGCAGCUUGUCACAUCCAAACACUGCCUGGCAUGUCUAUAAAUUUGUAUAUUUUUACUUGUGGUAAUAAUGCAGAGUGAGUCCUACAGCACCUAAUAAUGCCAUGUGGUAUGACUGCAUGAGAAGGCAAGAUUUCACUUCCCUUGUUCAUUUUUAUGGUUUGCAUGUAUCACAUUGAGAUGUGCGUGUGUUACCCUACGGUCUGGUGUGGCUGAAGGUCAAAAGUGUUUUUGCCCCUUUUCCACUUUAAACACCAGCAAAUGUGGCAUCUGCAGCAUAAAUAGCCAUGUUUGUCAGAGGUUUACGGAGGGGUAUCAUACACUGGAAAAUGUAUUGGAUAUUGCACUGGGGCCAGUCGUUUACCCCCCUCUGGUUUUGUGAAUGAAUAUGACAGGAUGGGGUCUGGCUGGCUUACUCGAACUGGAAUCGGCCACUAGUUAAUAAGUCAUGUUUUUGUUAUACUUGGUUUGGUUUGCGUUAGUAUUGCAUUUUACUCUCUUUAAAUUUUUUUUUUUUUUUUUUUUUUGGUUCAUCAGAAAUCAGAACUUGGUUUUAAAGUAAUUUCAGUUCAGCCAUUUGAGACAAGACACUUCAGUUACAGUGUACCCUGAUGGUUUGUUAUGAAAGAGCUGAAUGUCAUCUAAACAAUGUGUGUGCGAUCUCUCCCCCCCAUGUCUGAGUCUUGCACAUUUUGAAUGCAUGAGGAGGAAAAUGAAGGGAUUUUUUUUAAACCAUGCUUUUUCAUGCUGUUUUUAAUGAAGAAUUCCCUGGUUCAUGUGAUAUGUUCUAUAAACUGGAGUAAAUAAAAAAUAUAUAUUUAAA